AAAUAAUGAAAAUUGUGGCUGAAUAAAUGUAGAAUGAAAUUGACCUUGACCUCUUCGGGUUCAACCAAUGAAAAGUCAGGAAACUCUACACACCUCCAUCAUGCUUACAGAAGCAAAACAGCUGUAGAUAGACAAUUUUUAAAAAAAAUAGCCAUUCCAUUUCUGAUCCUCUCCUUUCCUGCCAUAACUACUCCAAAAUGACGCAACUAGGCAGGAUUGAUAUAGAUCAUCCUAGGUAUGACCAGAGCACAUUUAUAGGGAGGGCAAAGCAUUUCCUUAUAACUACAAACCCCUUGAAUGUAUUGGCAACAGAAGCUGAACUGGAUCAUGCUAAAAGCAUUGUUGAGAGAUACAGGAAAAAAGAAGAUAUUCCUGGUCUGACAGAGGAUGAAUUGUGGAAAGCUAAACAGCUGUAUGAUUCAGCAUUCCAUCCAGACACCCAUGAGAAGAUGAUUCUGAUUGGUCGAAUGUCUGCACAAGUACCAAUGAAUAUGACUAUAACUGGAUGCAUGAUGACCUUUUACAAAACUACCCCGGCAGUGGUAUUUUGGCAGUGGUUUAACCAGACAUUUAAUGCUAUUGUUAACUACACCAACAGAAGUGGAGACCACCCCAUUCCUGUCAAACAUCUGGCCCUGUCUUAUGCUUUGGCCACCACUGGAGCGGUGGGGACAGCUCUCACCAUCAAUAACAUGGUCAAGAAAUUCCCUCCGCUGAUCGGCAGAUUUGUGCCAUUCACGGCAGUAGCUGCCGCCAACUGUAUCAACAUCCCUUGUAUGAGGAGCAGGGAGCUCUUCAAUGGGAUACCAAUAUUUGACCAAAAUGGCAACCGUCUAGGAGAAUCUACAAUGGCUGCCAAAAGUGCCAUAACUCAAGUUGUUGUGUCUAGAAUAUUAAUGGCCACUCCAGGAAUGAUGAUUCCACCUUUUAUCAUGAACCACCUAGACAAGAAAAGCUUUAUGAAGAGAAUGCCCUGGCUUAAUGCUCCUAUCCAAGUCUUACUUGUGGGGUUUUUCCUAGUAUUUGCUACCCCCCUGUGCUGUGCACUAUUCCCUCAAAAGAGUUCUCUAGCUGUCAGUCAUCUAGAGCCAUCCAUCAGAGAAAAGAUACAAGCCUUGCCAGACGCCCCCGAGAGAGUCUUCUUCAACAAGGGACUAUAAAGACCCAGUGCUGUAGAGAUUCUCAGUGCUUCACCUAGUGUUUGGAUCAUGCAGUGAUUCAGUUACCUGUAAACGUGUGAUGAGGUUUUAUUUACAGGGCACGUGUUUCACCUCAGUAAUUGUUAUACACAACAUUUUAUAUUAUUUUAAAUGGAUAUACAAUGUACAUGUCUAGAUAUCAUGUUAUUUACUACUGUGGAUUUACAGUAUUUUAUGGUUGAAAUGAAGGUGUUGCAAAAUUUA